CACUUCGUCAUAGACUUUUGCGUGCGUUGUAUCAACUUUCACUGAGCUAUUGCUUUUGUUUGACUUAAAUUACUGAAAAAUGGGCUCUGGCAAGCAACAAAAAGUGCAGUCUUCCGGCUUCACCAAGGAGGAGGAGCUUCUGCUUCAGGAUUUCAGCCGCAAUGUGAGCACAAAGUCCUCGGCCCUCUUCUACGGCAAUGCCUUUAUCGUGUCCGCGGUGCCCAUCUGGCUCUUCUGGCGCAUACACAACAUGGACCUGUGGCCCAGCUCCAUUCUGUUCGUGUUGGUGACCGCCGCUAGCACCUAUCUGAUGGCUACUGCCUACAAGAACAUCAAGUUCCAGCUGAAGCACAAGAUCGCUGGACGUCGCGAGGAUGCUGUUACCCGGGAGGUGAACCGCCAACUGGGCGACGACAAGAAGGUCACGCGAAAGGAAAAGGACGAGCGCAUUCUCUGGAAGAAGAACGAGGUCGCCGACUACGAGGCAACCACCUUUUCAAUUUUCUACAAUAAUUCCAUCUACCUGGCUGUGAUCAUCUUCAUCAGCUUCUUUCUGCUAAAGAACUCGACGCCAUUUGUGAACUACAUUUUCUCCGUUGGCCUCGCCAGCGGAGCCCUGGCGCUCUUCUCCACCAGUGCCCAAACGAACUGAACAAAUUUCGUCAUCUACACUUAAUGUUAGGCCUUCUAAGAGAUUGGGAAUCAAUACCCUAAACAGCGGCUGAGACAUAUCCACCCAUCAGUCGUCCGUAAAUCAUUUCCAGCAAUGAACAUUGAAAUUUUUAUAGCACGAAGAUGCAAUUGUUGUCUUUCUUGUAGAAAGCUGAUCAACUUCCAUUCGCAAAAGAUUUAAUAAAUUGUAAAGAUAAAAUAA